CAGACCAGCAAAUCUCUCAGCAAAGCCAGCUGAAGAAGCUCAGAAACACAGGCAACAGUAUGAAGAAAUGGUGGUUCAGGCCAAAAAAUGAGAGUUGAAAGAAGCCCAGAGAAGGAAAAAGCAGCUGGAAGAAAGAUGCAGAUUAGAAUAAAGUAUUGGAAAUGCCGUCCUCACUUGGAAUAAAGAGAUUUUGCCUAACCGGGAAACAAUGCGGUACUCUAGGAAAGUUCGAGAUUUAUGGUGGCAGGGAAUCCCUCCCAGUGUGAGAGGCAAAGUCUGGAGCUUAGCCAUUGGCAACGAGUUAAACAUCACCCAGGAGCUCUUUGGUAUCUGUCUUGCCCAAGCCAAGGAGCAGUGGUGGUCCUUUAGCACGGGAGGCUCUGAAGUGGAGAAUGAAGAUGCUGGUUUUUCAGCAGCAGACAGAGAAGCCAGUCUGGAGUUUAUUAAACUAGACAUUUCCAGAACAUUCCCUAAUCUCUGCAUUUUCCAGCAAGGUGGCCCAUAUCACAACAUGUUGCACAGCAUUUUGGGAGCUUACACUUGUUACCGACCGCAUGUGGGUUAUGUUCAGGGCAUGGCCUUCAUAGCAGCCGUGUUGAUCUUGAACUUAGAUACUGUAGAUGCCUUCAUUGCUUUUUCUAAUCUUCUGAAUAAACCCUGUCAAAUGGCUUUUUUCCAAGUGGACCACGGCCUUAUGUUGACUUAUUCUGCUGUGUUUGAGGUAUUUGUUGAAGAAAAUUUGCCAAAAUUAUUUGCUCAUUUCAAGAAAAACAACUUAACUCCAAACAUCUACCUAAUUGAUUGGAGACAAAAGGCUUACUUCUAG